CUCGGAUCGGCGCUGGGGCCCCCCUUGGCGGCGCCUCCGUCUCGCCCUCGGUGCGGUCCCCGCGUGCCAAAGGAGGGGUGGCCCAGCGCCGACCCGAGAGAUCCAGCGCGCAGCUCCGAGAGUGUAUGUUUGUGCCAUGGUUUGUUCCUCCAUCAUCGGCAGCGGGGAGGUGGAGCUCUUGGCUGACAGGGUCCUGGGCGUCGGCGGCUUCGGCAUCGUCGCCGCUGGCCUGUACCACAACACCCUCGUGGCGGUGAAGGCGCCGAAGCAGGACAUCCUGAGGCGGGGCGCCAUGGGCUCGAGCCUGCCCGAGCUCUGCAACGAGCUGAGGGUCCUGCGGCGCAUCCCCAUCCCAACAUCGCCUUCCUGUACGGGGCGUGCAUGGACGCGGCCCUCAGCAAGCUGAGCCUGGUGCUCGAGUUCGUGGACGGCGUGCCCCUGGGCGCGUUCGUCAGCGGCAUGCACCCGCACGCGGAGGGUCCAGAGGCCAGGGGCCCGCCGGCCAGCGCCUCCGCGCGGUGCCUCAUCGUGUCCGACAUCCUGAACGUGCUCCGCUACCUCCACUCGAGGCAGCCUGUCAUAGUCCACGGAGACCUGAAGGACUCCAACGUCUUCGUGGAGGAGCGGCGCGGCAGGACACCGGGGGGCCAGAUCUGGUACCACGCCAAGCUGCUCGACUUCGGGCUCUCGCGCCUCGUCACCCGGCGUGCCGUGCCCCUCGGCGGCACGCUGCGCUGGAUGGCGCCCGAGCUGCUCACGGGGGUGGCCGUCCCCCCCGCCGCGGCCGCCGACCUGUACUCUUUCGGGCUGCUGGCCUACUUCAUCGUGACCGGGCGCCGUCCUUUCGAGGGCGCGAGCAGGGACAGGGUGCCAGUCCUCAAGAUUGGUUUGUAUGCCACACCCUCCCCACCCCGGUCAGAUUCCACCACCCGCGGCCACAGUCAGUAUUAUACAACCACCACGCCCCAUGCAGAUACGUCUAGACGCUUCGCGUAA